CGUUUGCACAGCACUCGCGUCUCAAAAAUGAUCUACACUUGGAAGGUGCUGGUGACUCUCGGUGCGUUGGGGAUCGCCUCUUUCGCCAAGGCGCAGGUUCCCAUAGAUAGGAUCUUCUUCGCCGACAACGAUACGAUCUUGAACUUUGCCAACCGUGUCGGAGAGGAGGAGAACGUAGGUUCGCAGGCCACGAGCGACCCGCUGGAUGCGAUUAUACCAACGCAACGCCCGACGACGCUGCUGACGGCCCAGGGUGAACGGUGUACCUGCGUACCGUACUUUGCCUGCCGGCCCCAACCCGAGUUUGCCGAACAGAACAAAUUCAACGAGAUCGAUGUCCAAUACAAUCCGGAAAGCUGCCAGGAUGUGCUGGAUGUUUGCUGCCGCGAAGUCGAUUCGCUGGUGGUGCCCAUGAACAAUACUCCGGGGGUUCUGCCGGUCGGGCGGCCGAAAGGUUGUGGGUUGCGCAACAUCGGUGGCAUCGAUUUCGCGUUGACGGGUAACUUCAACAACGAAGCCGGCUUCGGUGAAUUUCCGUGGACGGUGGCGAUCGUCAAAACGCAAGACGGCAGCAGCAGCUGCGGCGGAUCGCUGAUCCACCCGAACCUCGUUCUGACCGGGGCCCACUGCGUGCAGGGCUUCCGACAGGGUCAGCUGAAGGUCCGUGCAGGCGAAUGGGACACGCAGACGACGAAGGAACGACUCCCGUUCCAGGAGCGGGCAAUUACGCGAGUUAACACCCACCCGGAGUAUAACCCGCGCAGCUUGGCGUACGACGUAGCCAUCGUGGAACUGGACAGUCCGAUCCAGUUGACCGAGCACAUUAACGUAGUGUGCCUUCCGCCGGCCAACUUUGACACGCGGCGUACGGAUUGCUUCGCCACGGGCUGGGGCAAGCAGCAGUUCGGGAAGGCGGGCAAGUACAGCGUGAUCAUGAAAAAGGUCCCGCUUCCGCUGGUGACAUCGUCCACGUGCGAGCGGCAACUGCAAGCCACGCGACUCACCGCCCGGUUCCGGCUGCAUCAGACGUUCAUCUGUGCCGGUGGCGAGCGCGGCGUCGACACGUGCGAAGGCGAUGGAGGGGCUCCGCUGGUGUGCCCGAUUGGUGCGGCCUCCGAAAGCCGCUAUGCACAGGUGGGCGCCGUGGCUUGGGGAAUCGGUUGCCAUGAUGCCGUCCCGGCGGUGUACUCGAACGUGAUCCUGUUCCGCUCGUGGAUCGACAACAUCGUACGAACGCUGGGCUUUGACACGAACGUGUACGAUGCAACGCUAUCCGCUUUGGCGGGACUGUUCUAGACAGAGGCGUUUGGCCACCCUUCCUACUCAGCUUGAGAGACCAAUAAACGGAGUAA